AUGACCAAACUUGAAAUCUCCAAUGGAGCUGGGACAUCCAUAGCCGCAGAUAGGGGACCCUUUAGCUUAAAUGAGAUUCAGAACAAACCGAGCAUCCCUUCGAAGAGUCAAAUCCCACAACAAAACCAACAACAACAACUACUACCACAACAACACCAACAGUUGCAGAAACAAAAGGUCGAUCUUCGCAACUAUCACUUUGCAUCCACAACUGAUGAAAUACUACGAAAGUAUUCUAAAUAUCCUGCCUCCUUGAGCUUGCAUAUUUUUGACAAUCACUACCGAUUCAACAACUCACAAGAUUCUCAAAUUAUACCCAAAACAUCUCCGAUGAUUAAGAAUUUCAUAAAUCACGUUUUGAAAGAAGAAAUCCCAGUUGAAUUGAGCGAGUUGUUGAAAGACUUCUCCAUCAAAUCUUAUGAUGGGUGUCUUAUUUUGCAAGUAUACGACCAUCGGAAUAUGAUCAGAACUUCUACCUUCAGAGCUAAUGUGUCGCCAUCAAAGGAUGCAAAAAAUGCACCCGUUAUUGUUUCGAAACCAAGAACAUAUCGGGUAUUGCUCAGACCAACACCACUUUCCCUUUAUUAUGAUUUGUUGUAUCAUACAGAUUCUGCUUUGACAAAAUUCACCGACACCUUGUCCUUGCAAAUGGAGUCUGAAAUUUUGGCAUUAACAAAAAGGGAUUUGGAUCUUUCUGUAAAGGUGAACCCUUACGAAUACGAUUAUCUUAAGCCUGAUACAGAUGAGAUGAGGGAAGGCGACAAAUCAGAAAUAGAAUUUUCUCACAGGCCAGGUGUUGAAGCUCCUCUCCGAAAAAUUCACCAAGAUGAAUUGGUUUUGCAUAAGUCCUCUGAGUACGAAGAGUUGGUGUUGUUGUUGUCAAACAGUAGUAGACGCUUUGAAGACACGCAAGAAAAGAAGUUGGUUGUUGUACCCCCAGUAAUGCCAAGCACUUCAUCCACGCUGAGUAUAACUACACCUCCUACCAAAUCAACAAGUAAAGAAGGGUCUGUUGGAGCUGAUUCUAAGGGCAAGAAGGGUGAGAAAGCUGCGAGCGCAUCUUCUAUUCCUACAACCGUUGCAAUUCCUCUGAACCCUGUUAGAACUACGGGUCAGUUCAUGCGUUUGAGAUUGAUUGAGGAAAUUCGCAAGAAGAGGGAAAUCGAAAAGAAUCAGCAAGAAGCUAAAUUGCAAGCGCAAGCAAACUCUAUUCAAGGGGAUAUGGUGUCACUGUCAAAUGUUGCUUCUCGCCCUGUUGAGCCUAUGGCUCCAUUCGCGACCGGCUCGAGCCAACAACCACUUGGUCCACCUCAAGUUGGUGACAAGAGACAGCAACCUGGGGUGCAACCAGCAGGGAAGCGGGCUAGAAAGGAUGUGAAACAACAUCAAGUAUCUGUUUCUAAUCCACUGCCAGCAGGAACUUCAUUGCCACAAGCUCCUCUAACAUCGUACGUUCCUUCAAACUCCAACCAGCAAGUGCCGUCAAUUAAUAAUAAUAUGCAAUUGACGGGAAAUCCUGGUGCACCACCACCACAACAACAACAACAACAACAACAACAGCCGCCGACUAUGAGUCUGGCAACUACACCGCAUCAAAUUCCAAUGGGUACACCAAACUUGGGACCGGGCGCUUUGCCACCACAAAAUGUCCCUCAAGCUCCAACCUCCAUGGGACAACACAACUUACAAUCAUCGCUGCAUUUGCAUCAAGUGCCCAGCCAGCCUUCCUUACAACAACAACAGCAUCAACAAAUUUUUCAGGGUUCGUUGACCCCAGAGGAACAACAGGUUUACAAACAAAUACAACAGAAAAUGAAUGCAUUGGUAAUGAUGAGUCAAACAGGUGUCGCUCCCAAUGGCCAGCAGUUGAGCCCGCAACAAAAACAGCAAGCAAUGCAACAAGUCAAGAUUUUGCAACAACAAUUGUUGCAGAAAUUCCCGGUAUAUUUUCAAAGAUUGAAACAGUUUCAGCUUUAUCAAAAGCAAAAGCAGCUACAACAGCAACAGCAACAACAACAACAACAACAAAGGGCUAUUGCUUCUGGAGGUGGCAUACCUAAUUUGCAUGGCCAGUUUGAUAGUAACUUGAUGCAACCACAGCAACAACAUUUUGCAAAUCCGCUACCACAAGGUGUCCCUUCUCCAAAUGUAAAUUCUCAACCUUUGAACGCAUCCACCACUCCCGCUCAGUCUAGUGCCACAGAACCCAAGAAGAAAAGAGUGUAUAAAAGGAAGGUUGCAAAAUGA